AUGCAUGGCUCACAUAUUGAUAAAUGGCUGUCGAAAUCAUUCCUCAAAAACCUUCUACUAGCCGAUUUUGAAGAUUCGAAAGCCACAUUGGUGCAAAUUGCCAGAUUCUGCGCCGCCUAUUAUUUAGACUACGUUCUGUUUUUGCCGCGAAAUGAAGAAGAACUCCCUUCUCUCUAUUUAUGGGGAUGCUACGAAGAAAAAGAUAUUGCCGGCAAAUGGCAACUGAUUGAUAGGAAUGAAGUCAGUCAGAAAUUGCCGGCGGAUUUCUCACCGGCUCUUCCGGUUCUCAUUCUUGUCAGAUGCGAUCACCUUAUUGAGGCGAUUUCCUAUGCGGAUCAUUUCGAUGACAGAAGAUCCGCAUUAGUUUUACGAUUAUUAGCAGAUUCACAGCAUAGCACUAGUCUUUGCAUAGAGUAUAUCAAAUCGACAUUAUGUGAAAACGUGGAGAUUGAAGUGGAUCAAAUCCUCAGUAAUAACGGAUCAACAAAGCAGAAAUUCGCCGAGAAAUUUUCUCAAUCGAUUCUGGAACUUGACGUUGUUCUACAACACGAUCUUCUUGAUUUUUACGAGAAUUGGCUCAUGCAAAUGGCCGAGUUUGAAUUCUCAAAGCUGCCUCUGGAAUCGGCAGUAUUUCAUGAAAGCAAUCCGAUUUAUAAGGAUACUGAUUAUAAGAACAAAUGUGAGGAAAUGGUGGCAUACGCAAAAAUUCAUGCGACACCACGAACUUGCCCAACAUCCACACUUCAUCGUGUAUUACUUCUUUCACUUCGCACUAUUUACAGGCAAAAAUUUAGUGAAGCAUUAAAAAUCAAAAAUCCAUGUCUUUCAUCGAUUGCUAACCGAUAUAAAUGCCUACUUGACGAAGAAAAUGGAGAGUGUGCUAUGCUCGAAAAAUGGUCACAAGAGGCAAACGAUGAUGAAUUGAGAACGAUUGAAGAGUUUUUUGAAUUUGUUCAGGAGAAUUUCAAGCAGUCAUCCUCACUUCCGCCAUUGAGCAAUACAACUCGCGAAUUCUGGCUUCGUCGGAUCGUUUUCAAUAAUGCUGAUGAUUAUCGCGAUAUUCGCCAGGAGAAGAGUAUUGACUGGCUGCGAUCUGUAUGCCUACCAAAGCAACGGGUCAGUGAUACAACAAUUUCUCAAAUGCUUUUCAUCAACUCGCAAUGGACUCCAUUCGGAUUCUCUUUCCUCGCUCCUGGAUGUCAUGCGAUUCGUUUAUCGAUCCAUCCGCAUGAUGUGUGUUUAGGUGGAUCGGUCAACACGGAUUACACAUUGUCGGCGAGGGAUGUUCUUUAUAAACCGAAUUAUUUCAACGAUGACGCUGCCGAAGAGGUGAAAUUGUUCACACCGCGAGAAGAUUUGAUCACCAAAUACGCCAAACGAUAUGAUGCAUUGAAAUCGAUGACAGUUCGAGAGCCUCCAAGACUAUUCAAAUCGUUUGGAGAUAAACUCAAGGAGUUCUCGAAACAGCAGCAGGAAUUGUCAGAUGAGCUCGAAAGGGAGCGGCAAUUCUUGAUGGAGAGCCGAAUGUCUUCAACUUCCUCAAUAAUGAGUAAAAUGAGUAAACCGAAAGAGAAUAUUGACACUGGAAUCGCGAAGCAAAUUGAAAUGCUCAAUCAGAAGCUCGACAAUGUUGUGAAAAAGUUUGAAAUGAAGAGUAGUUACAUUCGGGAGGACGAUGAAGUGGACUCUGUCAUCGACGAUCUUCCGUAUGAUUAUGAGCAUGCUCCCGUCGCUGAGUCAACUGCGAUUGAUUCGAUUGGCAAACUUGAUCUUGGCCAAUUGUCUGAAAGGAUUGAUGUGACUUCGCUGAUAAAGCCGAUUCCGAAAUCAAAAAUUGAAGAAGAUCUUUCGACAGCCCAAUCGAUGGAGAAUCCGAUGUUCUCCAAGCCGACACCGCCCAUUCCAUUCGAAUGGAUGAAGCUUCUUCCGUUAGAGCAAUCAAGUGCAAGAUUCGCCGACAAUUUUCUCAUUUAUGACGGGCGAACUCCGCGAGUUCAGUCGCAGCUCACGGUACGCCGAGCGAUGACAGAUCGGCAGUGUCAAACGGAAGAGGAGAAGAAGAAAGUGCUGAUGGCCGAGAUUCAGACUGACAGCGGAUUUUUGGAGGAGUCGAAGAAAAUGGCGAUGGAGGUGAAUCGGAUGAGCAAGGACGAGAUCGAAGAGGCCCUCAAGCGCAUCAAUUCCUCAUAA